CGUUUUUAGGAGUGGUUUCUGGCGUAAACAUGCGCACUCUUCUUCUCUGUGCUGCCCUACUAGUCGUCUCAGCCACCGCACACCGUGUUGAUGAGUGCGGUGUGCCCCGCAUCCAGCCCCACCUGGAGGCUGAAAACCGCAUCGAAGGCGGCAAAGAGGCGGUUCCAGGGAGCUGGCCCUGGCACGUUCAGGUCAACACGCGCUUGGGCCACCACCGCUGCAGCGGCGCGCUAAUCGACGAACAACAUGUUGUCACGACGGCCUCUUGCAUCUGGAAGCUGAAAAACAUUGGUGUUCUGAAGGUGCUUGCUGGAGCGCAUUCGAGGGACGCCGUUCUUGAAGGAGAAAGGAGCGCUGACGUGGAAGAGACUUGCGUCUUCAAAGGUUAUCAGGGAGGUCACAUGAACAACAUCGCCGUACUCAAGCUGAAGACUCCGCUUAACCGCAGCGACACAAUCCAGCCCAUAUGCCUGCCCAGCGCACCCGUAGUUGGAGGAUGGAACGUGUACGCGACCGGCUAUAUACAGACACACCCACCAUGACCACGACUCUCCCGUGAAAGGUCUGAGCCAGACC